CUUACAAUGAGGAUGCUUGUAGGGUUCCCCUGUGAGUAUGUAGCUUGACAUGGCUCACAUGAAUCUAGAAGAAUUUUGUUUUAAAUUUUGAUGGUGUUGUGUAUGGUUAGCAGUACAUCAUAAAGUCUUUCCCAACAAGGUACUGAAGACAAGUGAGGUGGCUCGACUUGGAGAGCAGACUUCAGGGUCCAGGAACAUUAGGACUCAGCUGGAGCGCUUUAAGGAACAAUUAUCCACACCAUGGACAAGGAUAUUGGGAGGCAACUUUAACAGUGUUCUCUGUAGAGUAUUCUUCAGCAAUGGAAUGAAUGGAUAAUUUGCUAUGCUUCAGAUGGUGCAACUUCCAAAACAUUCCUGAAAUUUGAAACAAGAAGAAUAAUAUUUCAGUGUAACAGAGUUGUUAUACCUUUUUAUUCACCAAAGUGGUCUCAUUGUACUGCACUUCUUUUGCAUUCAUAUUGUGCAACAAAUAUUUGAAAAACCAGUGUAUAAGAAGAAAAGGUGUUUUUCAUAGCCAAAACUCUUUCUAAUGGAAGUACUAAUUUUCAAACAUGUCUUCUUUGGAAGUUUCAUUGAGUGCAAUGGAGCACUGCAGACAGUGUUAAUUUUCCUUCUAAUUCCAUGUUGCCUGACUGUAGAUAGAAGGGCACCUCCGUUAUUUCCAAAUGUGCCUUUGCUCUGGGUCUGGAAUGCCCCAACUGAAUUGUGUGCGAGGGUAUCUAAUCAACCACUAAAUAUGAGCCUCUUCUCGAUAGUAGGAACCCCCCGACAAAAUAUCACAGGGCAAAGUAUUACACUGUUUUAUGUUGAUAGGCUUGGCUAUUAUCCUUACAUAUAUCAUCACACAGGUGCAAUUAAAUAUGGAGGACUCCCCCAGGCUAUGAAUUUACAAACUCAUUUGGACAAAGCUAAGCAAGACAUCUUAUUUUACAUGCCCACAGACAAGGUGGGCUUGGCUGUCAUCGACUGGGAAGAGUGGAGGCCCACCUGGGCAAGAAACUGGAAACCUAAGGAUAUUUACAAAAAUAAGUCUAUUGAGUUGGUUAUGAAACAAAAUCCACAAUUUAAUCUUACAUACGCCAGUGCCUUAGCCAAAACAGAGUUUGAAAGGACAGGAAGAGAUUUCAUGCUAGAAACUUUAAAAUUGGGAAAAUCACUUCGGCCAAAUUCCUUAUGGGGUUAUUACCUUUUUCCUGAUUGCUACAACACUCAUUAUAGUAAACCCAAUUACAAUGGGCAUUGCCCUGAUAUAGAAAAGAAAAGAAAUGAUGAUCUCCACUGGUUGUGGAAUGAAAGCACUGCCCUUUUUCCAUCUAUUUAUUUGAACUCCCACUUAAAGUCAUCUCCAAAUGCUGCACUCUAUGUCCGUAGUCGUUUACACGAGUCCAUUAGGAUUUCGAAAGCUCCUAAUGCUAAAAAUCCACUUCCAAUUUUUGUAUAUAUCCGCCUGGUUUUCACUGAUGACACUACCACAUUCCUUGCUGUGGAUGAUCUUGUGAAUACAAUUGGCGAAACUGCUUCUCUAGGUGUCUCUGGAAUGAUAGUAUGGGGAAGUCUUAGUUUAGCACGAAGUAUGCAAUCUUGCCUGGAACUAGAAAAUUACUUAAAGACUACACUGGAUCCUUACAUAAUCAAUGUCACUCUAGCAGCCAAAAUGUGCAGCCAAGUGCUUUGCCAGGACCAAGGAAUUUGCACAAGGAAAGACUGGGAUUCAAGUACCUAUCUUCACCUAAACCCAACAAGUUUUGAUAUCAAACUUGGGCAAAAUGAGAAGUUUAUAAUACAUGGAAAACCCACGCUUGAAGACUUGCAGGAAUUUUCCAAAAAUUUUCAUUGUAGCUGUUAUGCCAACUUGAAUUGUAAGGAUAGACUUGAUAUACAAAAUGUCCGUGCUAUUAAUGUGUGUACUGUUGAUAGUGUCUGUAUAGAUACCUCUUUGGACUUUCCAUCCAGUGAUGAUGAGGAGCCUCCCAGCACAGAAGAGACAACAACUGAAGAUGAAUACAGUUUCUGGUACAUCACAUCAUCAGCUACACUGUUUCCACAUGCUCUUCCAAAACAUUUCAGUUGGUGCCUCUUAAUUGUCUCCAUAUUUUUACAGCACUGAAAAUAUUUACUAUAGGCUCAUGGCAACUCAAAAAUACAAAGUUGAAUAUCAUGUUAGAAAAAAUUCUAUUAAUAAUCAAGAUUCUUUGAAUUUUUAAAGCAAAAUAUACAUUUUUCUAU